GCCAUCGGGUAUUUAUAGGACGAAUUUAUACCAACAAUUAUCAGUUCAUCUUCUCAUUUUCAUCUCUCACAACUAGUCAAUUCUUCCAAUUUUGGAAACCAAACGAGGAAAAAUGAAGGCUUUUUUGAUGGUCCUCGCCUUCGUGGCUGCCGCUGCUGCCGAAGCUGAUACCCAAUACGGUGCCCCAGCUCACACCCCCCAAACUUUCCGACAUGUCUAUGUCCACUCCGCCCCUGAUGAGUCCCCCGAUCACCAAGCUCGAACCAUCCGAGUUCCCGGAGGAGACAAGCACGUCAACAUCAUCUUCGUCAAGACCCCAUCCUCCUCCUCCUCCCACCAAACCGAAGUCAUCCUCCCAGAACAAGACGAGCACAAGAACUUGGUCUAUGUCCUCCUCAAGAAGGGCGAGAACUCCGCCGAUGUCAAGAUCCGUCGCCCAGCUGCCCCAGCUCAACAAAAGCCAGAGGUUUACUUCAUCAAGUAUGGAGCUGGUGGUGCUGGAGGUGCUGGUGGUUCCGGAUCCGGAAGUGGAUCUGGAUUCGGCGGAGGAUCCGGAAGUGGAUUCGGAGGUUCCCUUGGUGGCGGAUCAGUCGCCCCACAACCCGUCCGAACCCCAUCCAGCCAAUACGGAUUUUAAACAAGAGUCAUCAUUUCGUCAAGUUGACCAUUAUUUCUUCGCCUUUACAACAAUAUUUACCACUUCUGCUUAGCAUCACCUAGUCUGUUACACAAUCUUGUCUUUAAAACUCUGUAAAUCUUUUGGUCCUCUCGACCAAACUUCUUGUUCUUGUUACUCUUUUUCCCUUCUUCUUUCCACACCUGCUGCUGUCAAUACCAAUGAUAUUACAUUUUUACUAUGUAUAAUUUAUUGAACAAAUAAAUUGAAAAAUUAAAAAAUUAAAAAAUAAUAAUAA